AUGCGACCAAGCUGGAAGACCCCGUCGCGAAGCGGGUGUUUGGAGUGCAGGGACCGGCGAAUGAAGUGCACCCGGGAGCUACCUAAAUGUUCUGGUUGCAUCCGCCACAACAUCUUAUGCCAGUAUCUGUCGUCCACGCCCUGGCAAUCUCCUUCUCCCUCGCCUAGAUCGUCGCCGUCGAUUCCCGACUCGCUGUUCUUCGCUGAGACGACCGAUGACCCCAUGGCAUCCUUCGCCCACCACUCGCUUCCUGAAGAUCUCCAUACCCGCGAGCUGGAGCUCAUGAUGCAAUGGUGUACGGCGACCUACCGCACCAUUGCCCGCAACGAUGCCGUGGAAUGGAUCUGGCACGCCGUCGUUCCGCGCGAGGCAAUGCGCUAUCCGGCCCUGAUGCACGGCAUCCUAGCUCUCUCCGCGCUCCAUCUGUCCUUCGCCAAUGGCAGCAGCACGAAAGACGCCUAUCUGCGACUGGCCCAGGCUCACCAGAGUCUGGCCGCCGUCGGCGUCACGACGAAGGCCGCCGGCAGUCCCAACCUGGCCGACUGCAACGCGACGUUUGCGCUCUCCAACCUCAUGAUCGUCUAUUGCUUCGGGUGUGCCCGCAUCAUGGGGCCGGUCAAGGACACGCCUGUGCUGGACGAGCUCUGCCGAGUAUUCCAGUGCGCGCAGGAGUCGGCCGACGUGCUGGCCGUGCUUGUCGACCGGGUCAGUCAGGGGGAGCUUCGUUUGCUGCUGGAAUGUGACAAUUCCCAGCCCAAGAUGCCUGACACCUCGCGACUCGCCAUCAUGGCGCUGUCCCGGUUGAAUGCCAGCCUGGCCGCUCGGGAUUCUCACCAUGAAAAGGCCAUGUACGACGCCAUCAUCGACCACCUCGGUCACUCACUGGAUAAGCUGGCGCGGGGGGGCGAGGUUAUGGUCAUUCUAUUCCACUGGAUCUUCAAUCUGCCGUCGCGAUUCUGUGAUCUGCUCAAGGAGAACCAUCCAUUUGCCUUGGUCAUCCUGGCCCACUACGCCGUCGUCAUCCAUUCUCUGAGGGGCAAUUGGUGGAUGGGCGACCUGGGCACGCGAGUCAUCGAGCAAAUCGGACGAAGUUUAGGGGCCGAAUGGAGAUCCUCGAUCGACUGGGUGAUAGACGCAACGGGCUGUUAUAUCCCUCCCCUAUGA